AUGGAGGCAGACACACCGACAUGGAUCGAGGUCCCAGCCUCAGGCGUCACAGCACGACGGGGUCACAGUGCGGUGAUCAACGCUGCUGGCGUCAUGUGGGUCUUCGCCGGAGUGUACGAGAACAGCACCUACCAGGGCUGGUGGGAUGACGUCUGGAGGAUCGACUUGGAGGCCUCCACUCCGGCGUGGAGUGCAGUGACCACCGGCUCCAGUCCGAGGGGUCGCGAUCGCCACAGUGCUGUGCUGCGCCCCUCGGGCGAGAUGUGGGUCUUCGCUGGAUUUGCAAUAAGCUACAGCGAGAACGACUUGUGGCACAUCAACACCAUGGAGGCGUCCCCUUCUUGGACGGAGGCUACGGUCUCCGGCACGCUCCCUGCGGUUCGUGGCGGCCACACUGCAGUGAUCAACCCGUCCGGGCGCAUGUUUGUUUUUGGCGGGGCGUCUGGGGCGGGUCAUUACAACGACCUUUGGUUUAUCGACCUAGAGGCUCUGUCGCUUGAGUGGCAUGAAGUUGCGGUACUUGGCAGCCCUCCGAGUGUUCGAGACGGUCCUGCGGCGGUUCUCAGCCCCACCGGGAAGAUGUGGAUCUUCGGCGGAUACAGUCCCGGAACUGGUCACCUGAACGAUUUGUGGUAUGUGGACACGGAGGCCGGCAGCCCCUCGUGGAUGGAGGUGUCCAUGGGUACAGCUCCAUCCGGCCGCGCUUAUCCCUACGCCUUUCUGACUCCGGCCGGUCACAUGUAUAUCUUCGCUGGUCAAGGCGACAGUGGUCGAUUGGCAGACUCGUGGUUCGUCAACAUCGAGACAACUACCACCACUACCACUAGCGCAACCUCGACCGCAACCACAGCUACUUCGACGACAUCUUCUGGCACCAGCACCACCGUUACCACCUCCUCGUCGUCGUCAACAUCUACGACCGCGACAACGACAAUGUCGACAACGACAAUGUCAACAACGACUUCAGCAACACAGACAACUACAUCCACGGUCACAUCAUCAUCAACGUCUUCAACCUCGACAACAAAAUCCUCCACAAUCACAGGCACGACCACAACGCAGACUGAAUCGACGUCGUCAUCAUCACCAUCAUCAUCAUCAUCGUCAUCAUCAUCGUCAUCAUCGUCGUCAUCAUCAUCGUCAUCAACGUCGUCAUCAACAUCGUCAUCAACAUCAUCAGCGGCGACAACAUCCUCCACAAUCACAAGCACAACAACAACAACGCUGACAAGUUCGACAUCAACAUCAUCAACCUUGUCAUUUUCGACCACAGCAUCCAUCACAAGCACAGCAGCAACACGGACUAGAUCAUCAUCGACAGCAUCGACAUCUUCAACUUCGACACAGACCGAACCUACGUCGAAGUCUUUGUCUACGACUUCGACAUCGAUGUCGACAUCUGCGUCUUCGUCAACUUCGAGUAGCACUUCGACAAUAGCGACGUCGACUGGCACUUCAUCGGACACCCUAACCCGUACAACAACGACGAGCUCGAAAACGCGCUUCACAAGCUUCAGUGACGAGCUUUUCGACGAGCUGCAGCGCAGCACCAAUGUCCUGCUACGUACGGUGACGGACUUGGAGAAUGCCACUGUGUCAGCGACGACCGACUUCGGAAAGUUGACCGCGGUAAAGCUGACUCCAAGCUCGAGCAUGGCCGUGACCGUCCUGAAUGAAAGCGCGGCUGCGGCUGUUUUGCCUGCAGAGGUUUUGACGAGUGAUGCCCUGCUUGUCUUGACGAGCUUCGACGAGGUCCUUCCUGCCGGGCAGAGGUCUCAGACCUUGACUCGCCGGCCAAUCGAGGUUGCUGUGCCGGCCGUGGAUGUCACGCUCAUGGAUCUGGACACGCUCCGCCCCAUCGAAGUGAGCCUCGAUCGCCCCAUGUACGUGCGCAUCGCAACCGUUUCGCCCGAGCCGAACUGGAUCUGCGCUUACCUGGGGGAUGAUGGCUGGUCCACUGAAGGCGUGCGCUUAGCAGCGCCAGCGGAGCUGGAAGCGGCUUUUGGGGCUCUCGCAGACACUUCCGGCGUCUGGUGUGCCACGCUUCACCUCUCCAUUUUCGCGGUUUUCGUCGACAUUCUACUGGACUGCACGUCUGCCAGCUUGCUGACACCGACUGGGCUCCAACAGAUCCUGGAGCGAGGCGACUGGUGGAGUCGAGUGCCCGCGGUGUCCCUUUGGCUGGUUUUGGCGGCCUCACUGCUUUUGAUCCUCUUUGGCUAUCACAGGGACCUCCAGGUCCGGCAAGCGGAACUCUGGCGGGAGGACUUCUUCCUCGUGGACCUGCCCGGUGCAAAGCCUUCCUCCUGCUUUGCUUCCUGCUCGCUUUGCUCUUCGCUCCCCUGCCUUCGCUGUCUUCGCACGGGCGCUGGGGGAAAGGCAAAGGCUGCGGUACCCACCGGUAGCGAGCCGGAUACGGCUCCCACACUCCGAGCUUCGCCGAUGAGCGCGCAGUCCCUCAUGUGGCAGCAACAGCGUGACAUCAUGAAGAGGCUGCGGCCAACUUGGGCGUCCAGCUUGCAGGAACAUGCCAUCUGUCGCAACACACUCUGUGAGGUGGGCCGUUCACUUGCGCUUCACGUCACCUCCAUCGAAAGCCACAUAUGGGGUCGACAUGGAUGGGUACAGGGAAGCCUGGCCUUGCAACGAUCUCCAAAGCUCAGGCAAGUAGCUAUCGAGUUGGAAGAGAGGCUGCCAAGUGCUUACUUGCUCGUCCAUACUUCACACCUCCAUCGGCUUCGUGCUACAAUCCUGGCUUCACAUCCGGUGUACGAGCUGUGCAUGUUCGACCUGCACAUGACGGCCGCAAAGCGAGCCAAAAUCUGCAUGGACUGUGUGAUGGGAUCUUUGUGCUUUGCUGCCCUCUUCUUUUCAGUAGAUGGGUCGGCAUUGUCUGCCCGAAGCCCGGCAGAGUGCCCAUUGGAGCAGGGGAGCCUCAUCUGGUACCUUUUCGUUGCGACCUUCUCGGUGCUCCUCAACUUCCUACCGCGGAGUUUACAGACUUGCCUCGCUCAGCGCGGUUUUGUGCGGACGAGCCUCUCCCCACGCCAGCACCUAACCCGAACUCGCUGCAAGGACGCUGUAUUCUGGCUUUUCAGCAUCUGCCUCUCGACUUUCCACUUGCUUGUCAUCAUGGCAUUUCUUUCGGAUCUGGUGGAGACUGAGGAGUGGAAGUGGAUGUUUGCCUUUACAAUCGUGCUUGCACGAAAGCUGCUGCUUGUGCCGCUGCUGGCCUGUGUGUUCUCAAGCCUGGGCACGCAACUUGCAGACUGCAGACAACCUGGGGGUGUUGCUGCACCACCCAAAAAGUUCGGGCUUGAUUUGCAGCUUGCGAAAUUGGGAGAGGACUCAGAAUCUCCUGUUUCUCAAGACACUGGGCCAGCCUGGGUUGAAAAGGUACAUGAGCUGGCUGGUCGCGGCAUCUCGUUGCGGCAGCUUCUGGAUUUCUAUGCAGAACUGGGACAUAAUCUGAUGGGCCAUUUCGAUCCGAAGAAGUCCACCACACAUGAUGUUGUGCGGCAGUUCAUCAUCCCGAACUCGUUGGAUCUUCGAGAUGUGCACUUCUACACCAUCCGGGUCCACCGGGCGACGGGCCUGGCAAAGCGGGAUGAGGUCAUGGGUCGUUCUGCUCCUUACUGCGUGGUCGUGGUGCAAAGUGGAGCUGGGUCAAAGCCUUGGAAGGGUGGUGGCCGGACAUCUUGCAUCGAAAGCACACGAAAUCCCGUUUGGGAGGAAGCAUUCCUGGUGGAGGACGUCCUUGACGAUGAAAGUCUUCAUUUCUCCAUCCGGGACCACAAUAGUGAUGAUUGCCUUGGAAAGGUCGUGCUGCCGGUGUCGAGCAUGCGGGGUGGCAUGAGCGGCGAGCUCCUGGUGGGAACCACCGAAAAGAGCAAACUGCAGGUUUCCAUCGCCUCCCACGCGACACGAGCACAAGCCCGAACCAUCUUUGCACGCCUGCAGGAGGCCGCACUUCUUGGAGAAGAUGGAGGCGAUGACCUCUCCAACACUGACGAGCAGGUUUUGGAUCUCGGAGCCCAGAUGCACCGUACAUUCGUCCCCCGGGCCUCACGCGGGGUGCUGACUAGUGAGGGUCACGAGGCCGAGGCCGACCUUCCGAAAACCCGUGGCUUCGCCUUUGCGGACGUCGUGAACCACAGGGCCCCCGCCUCUCUGGCCCAGAGGAUGGUCACGCACUCCUGGCGCAACAAGUUUACGCACCUCAUUGCCGCCGUCCUGGCCGAUGCCUUGGACGUGGAGAAGUAUGAUGAGAUUGCAGACCUUCUCACGCAGCGCGAGUUUGGCACCUUGAAUGCCAAGCUGCUAGUAGCCUCUGGGAAGCUGGAUGUCCGCUAUUGGAUCUGUGCCUUCUCGGUGAACCAGCAUGCCGGAAUUUGUGGAAGCCCUCCGCCAACCGAUUCUACCGGCCAUGCUAUCGCACCCUGCCACUGUUCGACGCCGAAGCACUUCGACGGCGACCUCAGCGAGAUGAACAAGUUCGAUGACAUGAUGGCCUACCUGAAGGGGUCCUUACGCAAGCAGGGCGAGGUCCGUCUCCAGCAGGUGAUCGCCUGUGAGUCGGACUUCUCGUUAUUUCAGAGAGUGUGGUGCCUCGCAGAGUUGAUGGAAGCCCAUGCGCUGCACCUUCCGCAGGCUGUGAAAAUUCACUCGGCCGCGGCUCGGGACAAGUGUGUGGACAUGCUGGUGCAUCUCGACGUGAACAGCGCCGAGGCAUCUUUUGCCGCAGACAAGGAGCGUGUCCUCAGCAAGAUUGAGGACACGGCGGGUUUCAAUGCGGGCCUUCAGGAUCUCGUGCUGCAUCGACUGGAGCGGUUUUUGCAGGGGGACAACGCGCGCUCCUCCGCGGCAUUCUUUGAUGAGGUUGUAUUGGCGGCGGUCAGUAUGGUCUUCUAA